AUGGCGAGCAUGAAGAAGGCUGCCGACGUUGGUUUUGUGAGCUGGUCUAUCGAGGCCAACGGCAAAGCGGGGAGAAGACGUCAGAAGUUGAGGGGAGGGGGUAGGGCAAUGGGGCAGGAGGACGUCUGCAAACCGAAGCCAGGCAGUGAAGUUGGAGAGGCUGGAGACGCUCGGAGUACAGGAGACGAGUCUAGGGAGUACAGGCGCUACGAAGACGAUGCGAGUAACCGUGACCAGAGAGUGCAGGCGAGGGCAUCAGGCGGCUCGUGCGACAGGAAGAAAAGACUCAAGGCGUGGUGGAGGACAGGCCGAUCAUGUUCAGACGAUGAAACAACAGGAUGCGUGCAUCUAAAGACGAUGGCUGGGACGACCAGACCUUAUGAGGAGCGCUGCAGGUCGAGUCGAGGGUGGAAGGGCAUUUGCUGGAACAGUGAGAUGCGGUGCGAUGUGAUGCGAUGCGAUGCGUGCAAUAGGAUGGGGCCGGGCUGUGUGCGUGACGCUGUCGUUGGCCCGUGGCUUUCGGGCGACGUCGUGAGCGAGUUCGGGUCAAGGAGGCUGGCCUUGUCGUGCGUGGCCUGGGCAGCCCUGGAUGGGCUCACUUGGGUGUCCGUGUGUCGCAGUCGCAGGCACAGCGGCCUGGUCGGUAAGGGUCUCUCGUCAGGCAGACAGUAG